AACUCUAAUCAGGGUUUAGUGAGAAAAGGUGUUAUUUGUCAACGGGUUUUUGGAUUCUAAAAUUUUUUGAGAGAGAAGAAGAAGCAUUAUUGGAGUUGUGGUAGUUGGUGUGGGUAAAUGAGCGUAACGAGGUAACGUAAAAUAAACAAAUUAAAAAAAAUUAAAAAAUAAAAACCUUAGCAGGUUGACCGGUGGAUAUAGAUAAAGAUAAAGAGAAAAACAAAACAAAACAAAACUCAGAAGCAAAAAAAAAAAAUAUAGAAACCCUAAAAAAAAAUCAAAAAGUUCCUGUGUGAGGAUUGUGUUGUUAAUGCAUCUAAGAUUUUUCCCUCUUUGUACAAAGAUUGUUGUUCAAGCUUUUCACCUAUAGGUAGGUUUAGUUUAGCUUAGUUCCGAUGGUUGAUUUAGACAAUGUUUCUACACCUUCCGGAGGAGAAGCUAGCAUCUCUUCCUCUGGUAACAAUAAUAACAAUAACCAUAACAACCAAACAACCCCUCCAAAACCCACUAAGAAAAAACGAAACCUCCCAGGAAUGCCAGAUCCGGAAGCAGAGGUGAUAGCUUUGUCUCCGACGACUCUGUUAGCGACGAAUAGAUUUGUGUGUGAAAUAUGCAACAAAGGUUUUCAGAGGGAUCAGAAUCUUCAACUUCAUAGGAGAGGUCAUAAUCUGCCGUGGAAACUGAGGCAGAGGUCGAGUAAGGAAGUUAGGAAGAGGGUUUAUGUUUGUCCGGAACCGAGCUGUGUUCAUCAUGAUCCUUCUAGAGCUUUGGGCGAUCUAACGGGGAUUAAAAAGCACUUUUGUAGAAAACACGGUGAGAAGAAGUGGAAAUGCGAUAAGUGUUCUAAGAAAUAUGCUGUUCAAUCGGAUUGGAAAGCGCACUCUAAAGUUUGUGGUUCUAGAGAGUAUAAAUGCGAUUGUGGAACCGUUUUUUCCAGGAGGGAUAGUUUCAUAACGCAUAGAGCUUUUUGUGAUGCGUUGGCAGAGGAAAAUGCGAAAUCGCAGACUCAAACUGUUGUGAAAGCUAGUUCAGAAUCUGAUUCUAAGGUUUUGACUGGAGAUUCAUUGCCUCCACCGCCGCCGCCUCCGUUGCCGGUGGUGACUAGUACUACCACAGCGGCAGUAGCAACGACUCCUCAGUCAAACAGUGGUGUGUCCUCUGCUUUGGAGACUCAGAAGCUAGAUUUACCAGAAAAUCCGCCUCAAAUCAUAGAGGAGACACAACCACAACCACAACCAGUUGUCGUUGCUACUACUACUUUAAAUGCGAGUGGUAGUAGCAGCAGUACUAGCUCAACAAGCAAUGGUCGUCCUUCUACUAGCAGCGGUGUGUUUGCAAGUUUGUUUGCAUCUUCAACAGCUUCAACUUCUGCGAGUCUACAAUCUCAAACACCAGCAUUCACUGAUUUAAUUAGGUCCAUGGGAGUUCCAGAUGUUCGCCCUACUGAUUUCUCAACUCCUCCACCGUCCGAGGCCAUAUCCCUUUGCCUCUCUUCCAAUCACGGAUCAUCCAUUUUUGGAACAGGUGGCCAGGAGUGCCGCCAGUACGUGCCUACACAUCAGCCGCCUGCUAUGUCAGCUACUGCAUUACUUCAGAAAGCUGCUCAAAUGGGUGCUGCAGCAACAAAUGCCUCUUUGCUUCGCGGGCUUGGAAUCGUGUCGUCUUCCGCUUCCACUUCAACAGGUCAGCAAGAUAGCCUUCAUUGGGGUCUCGGCCAAGUGGAACAGGAGAGUGCUGGUUUAGUCCACGCUGGACUUGGACUAGGUCUUCCAUGUGACAGUGACUCUGGACUAAAGGAAUUGAUGUUGGGGACUCCGUCAUUGUUUGGUCCUAAGCAAACAACUCUCGACUUUCUAGGAUUGGGGAUGGCUGCAGGCGGCAGCGCCGGUGGAGGCUUGUCAGCACUUAUCACAUCAAUCGGCGGCAGCAGCGGUUUGGAUGUUACUACAGCAGCCGCAUCUUUCGGUAACGGAGAAUACUCCGGCAAAGAUAUUGGUAGAAGCUCAUGAUACUUUCGCUCCAAAAACAACUACUAAAUUUUUGGCUGUAAAGUUACAUUUGUUGUCUAUGAAUAUGAAUAUUCUGAAAUUGCAAUGCAUAUAUUAGUAUGCAACCAACAACUAUGGAUCAAUGCAAACAAUGUGCAAAUGGGGUCUUUUUGAAUUGUCUUGCCCCUCCCCCCAAAAAAAAAGACUAUACAUUUAAGGAAACGAAAAUAUGGCCUUAACAAGGGCACAGGUACAAUAUGCUUGGUUUGGACAACACAACCUGUGUAAGAAAUUAAGGGUAUGUGCAUCAUUUGCAUAUGGUUGUCGUAGGUUUUAGCGACAGUGGGUCGUUUGAAGAUCACGGUCUUGUUUUUGGUUUCUUGGACAGUUUUGAUCAAAUCAUGUAUUGCUUCAGAUGGUUGGUUUGGUCCGUAGCUGUAGGUAUAAAUUAGGAUGCUAGUAGUAGAGUAGUAAAAGUUUUCAUUGGAUGUUGUUGGAAUUAUUGUCACAAUGUGAAUUUCUACUUUUGCCCAUA